GCAUUGUGCUUCCUCUCUGUUAUUUCUCACCGAAAUCGAUAAAGAGCAAAAGAGCACCGCUAAAAUGGCCAAACGCGUGCGCGAGCCUGAUGACAUUCAGUCUGAGAUUGGCGAGGUCAAAAAAGAGAUAGACGAUGUCGAAGCGCAAGUGCGCGAGACAGCAGCCGCAGUGGAGCGGGCAAGGCAACAUCGGAAUUCGGCCAUGGCGAUGCUUCGCAAAAUAACCAAGAAGCUGACGAGCCCAGAUCUCAGCGAGCAGGAGCGACCGGCGCUGGUUGAGGACCAGCAGUCGUGCGUCGCGGCCUUGACAUUUGCCGAGAAGGACCUGGAGUGGCUGCGCAAGGAGGUGGAGCGGCUGAGCAGGAAGGAGGAGCGGCUGAGCAGGAAGGAGGAGCAGUUGCGCAAGGAGAAGGAGCAGCUGCGCACGGAGAGGCUGCAGCAGGACGCCGCGGCGGCUGGCCAAGGCGUGGGGAGCGCACCGGGAGCCGGUGGACUUGACACAAGCACCGAGUUUAUCCGGGACGUCUUGCUCACGCAAACAGCGACUGUAGCAGACAUGCUGAACGCACCACCGCUUGCUCGCCUGCUGGACCAGCCCCUGGGUGCCAAGCUGCCGGUGUUGGGUGGGCUAACGGCCGUUGACGCCAUGUUGAUCAACAGUGAGCUGCACAGGUAUGUGGAGCAGCAGCCGCUUGAUCAGCUUGCGGCAAGCGCACAAACGCUGAGCAUGCACGUAGCGAAUGCUCUUACUGGCAUGUAUUGCCAGCAGCCGGCAGGCUCAGGGAGCAUGACCGCUGCCACGCUUCGCACGCUAGUGGACUGGACCGUGUCAAUCGCCGCAAACAGCCUGGGCAUGAACUUCCAGAUGGAUCGCAACACUGCAGGCCAAUCUGCUGGCGCAACGGCAUGGCAGCUACGCCCGGACUUCCUCUUCUGGGCGGGCAACAGCCUGCUAUUCAAGGGGGAGGAGAAGGCGAAACCCGCUCAUCUGCAGGACGCAAUUAAGGAGCUGAAAGAGAAGAUGUCGACCCCCUGGAUCCCGGCCCUGCUGCCGGGCGUCAACCGACCGUGCAUGUUUGCCUAUGCGGCCGCUGGCAACCUAGUGCAGUUCUUUGUGAUUACGAGCCGCGACGGCGGUGCGGUGGAGAUGGCGGUUGCCAGCGACUGCCUCAACACCAACACUGCGCUGGGCCGCAUCAAGAUCGUGCACCACACGCUCAAGAUCAUGCAGGCGGUGGCGGCGUACGUAGCCCGUGCGCCGGACAUCCCCAUCGCCCUCGGGAAAGUCGCUACGGAGUGGACGAGCAAUGGCAGCUUCUUGAGUAGUGUGACCAUGUUCCCAGGCUUCUUUCGGAAGCGUGUGAACCUCGCACUGUUAUCCGGCGGCAUCCUCAGCAGCACGGCGCUUGUGGCCAUGUACGGCGCAAUCGGUCACGUGCGCUGCCCCAACCUGGUGCGCCUGCACAGCGACGGCGGCGUGCAGGUGGAGGAGGACGGCACGACAGUGCGGCUGCACCUGGAGCCUCUGGGGCUGCCGCUGGGGCGGAACGGUGGAGAAGCCGUCCAGAGCGAGGCGAACCUGCGGCAGGCGGUCCGGGGCGUGCUGACGGGCUUGGAGGUGCUGCAUGACGCAGGCUACGUGCACCGGGACAUCCGGUGGCCCAACGUCAUCCGGCUGCCAGCAGCGGCGGCGGCGGCGGCCAGCAGCAGCAGCUCGGCCGACACCUACGCGCUCAUUGAUCUGGAGCACGCAGCGCCCGUGGACUGCCCCCUGGACUGCCGGCAGCCGCCGUACUGGCUGUCCAUCUGGCCGCGGGUGAGCCACCUCCUGGACUCGACCACUGGGCGCUACACGCGGCAGUCGGACCUGUGCCUGGUGGCGGCGGAGCUGAUGACCCACCUGCCGUUUGCGCUCAGCGACAGCGGCCAGCAGCUGCGGCAGCAGCUAGCCACCCGGCAGCUGCCCAGCGCUCGGGCGGCGCUGGAGCACGCGUGGCUGCACGUGGCGGCAGCAGAAUUUGCAGCAACGGCGCCGCAGCAGCACCAGGGGUGAUUCACGGAUGGCGGUUGCAUGCAGGGGAGCGAGCGAGCGGCAGCAGCACAUGAUGACCCACCACAACGCUGCAUCGGUUGUGGGGGUGGGUUUAGGAGGCUUAGCGCUUUAAUUGAUGACGCUAGUGAUUUGAUAGGCGGGGGUGCGGGGUGCUGGCGGGUGGGCGGGGGGUUGUACGGGGGCCGGGGUUCGGGGGUUGCUGAGAUACGGUACCGCGACUGACGGGGGGAGGCGAAGGGUGCUACUGAUUGGGGGCGGGAGUAGUGUGGCAUACUCUGUGCGCUGGGCUUGCGAAGUGCUACCGGGCCAGACAGCGACGUCCAGAUCAUGGGUUGAACCUGUGCCAGAACGAUGACGCAGGUUUGGGGGCGGCGUGCAGGUUUGGUGACGGGCCAGACAGGGAAUGCGCACGAGACUGGGUGCUUUGAGCGCUGGAUGGUCAACGAGAUGAGCCCGCCUUUUGCUGAGUAAAGCGAGGGCAAAGGACAUUCGCCGUCGUUCCCAAG